AGGUCGUCAUCCAAGUCGUAAACUAGUCUAGAUUAUCAUCAAAAUACAACGAUAACACGUAUCUCCCAUGCCUGGACGCCACCAUCGUCAUCAUCAUGCACAUGGUGGUGAAGGGCAUGGAGUUUUAAACCCAAUUAGGAUGUGGCCGGCGUGCCAGGUCAUUGGGUUUGCCAAACUGCCGUCUUUGGCAACGCGAGUGCGCUCCUCGCAUGGAAGAUUCUCUCUUCUCUUCGCUCGCACACACAUAGUGUAAACUGACAAAGGACCCUGUGUACUAAGUAUCGCACGAGUACUGCCCGUACUUGCUUCUAAAGAUCGAGGUAGAGAUAUGGCGUAGAAACGUUUACCAUAAGUGCAACAGAACUCCAUGACUGAUGUGAUGUGAUUGAAUUGUUUAAAAAAGGAAAAUACUUUAUUGUGGUCGCAAAUAUGGUUCCACAUAGUGUUUGGGCAACAGGAUGGAUUCCAUUCAUCGUGGUGUUCCUUCUGUCCCUGCUCUUUUCCACCACCUACAUCAUGUGGUUCCGCUCGGUCUUGGUGAAUGAGAGAUCAAAAUCGGCCACGUUCUUUUCCGUGCUAGCCCUCACCAUCACUUUGGUCUCGUCGGCCUUGGUUCCGGUGGAUGUGUUCCUGGUUUCCUAUAUGAAGGAAUCCAAUGGGACGUUCAAGACUUGGGCUCAAGACGAAUCCGUUCGAAUGGGCCUUGAACGGUCCAUGCUCUUCACUUAUUACGGAUUCUAUGGGAUCGUUCUGGUCAUGGCCUUUUUCCUCCUGCCUUUGGUGUUUUUCCUGAAUUGCGGCAGGAGCAUUGGCGAAUCCGACCAACCAAUGGAGUACGAACCAUUUUCGACUCAACUCUGUCGAGCUCUAAAAUAUGAAUUGAUUUGCUUGGCGAUCUUUGCCGUUCUGAUCGUCAUUGGGAUCUUUUUGCCAUAUAAGGGACCAGGGCCGAAUCCAAACUCGACAUACAUUCAGGAGAUGGACAGAAUCCUCACCGAAGAGUUCGAGGUUCAACACGGAGAGAACCUGAUGGUGUUCCUCUUGAACGUGCUGAACGUGAUUGGCAUGUUUUUCUUGAUCUUCUACACGGCUUAUGGCAUGUCUUCGCUGCCGUUUGGCAUGAUUAGAAGCAGAAGCCAAGCCAAUCGUGCCAGAGAUACAGUGAACAAGACCCUGCAAGAAUUGGAGCAAAAGAUCCAGGAGAUCAAAAGCAGGUAUGAGGACAAUAAUGAGAAUAUGCCGCCAUACGAAAAAUCCUAUUUGGAGCGGUUGGAGCAACAAGUGCGUCUACUCAGCCGCACUCGCCAUGAUUUGGACCAAAAUGCCCGCAAGUUCAUUAACCGGAUCCACAAUUGUCUGAGGCCAUUCCAAGUGCUCUUCGGGGUGUUCUUUGCCUUACUUGGAUUAAUGAUAUUUAUCUCCUUGGUUCUGACAAGUGUCGAGAAGGCUCUGUACUCCCAAGGGAUCUGGCAAGGCUAUUCGUUGAGAAAUGGUUCCCUUCCCAAUCCGGUGGACACGAUCUUGGUGUACGCUCAAGACAUAUUCCCGUUAGACUACAUCAUGUACUCAGGGAUGAUCUUGUUCUUCAUCUUCUGCUCCAUGUCCGGGAUCAAAAACAUUGGCAUUCGGAUGUGUUGGUUCACAGUGUACAAGAUCAAGUCCGGUCAGACCAAACCUCAAGCCUUGGUGCUGAUGUGCAUGAGUCUCAUCUUUGUCCUCUUGGCCUUAAAUGUGGUCAUGUUUUCAGUGGUGCCGGAUUACACGACUUACGGAUCCCAGUAUUAUCGAGUCAAUAACACUAUUGGAAACGUGACGACUGAAAUCAUGCAACGCUGCAACAACAUUCAUUCUCCUGCCGAUGGUUGCAUCAUGACGCGAGUGGCUUUCCUCCUCAUGGCCUACCAUACAAAUAUCUGGUUUUUCGGAGCCAUUUACUACUGGAUGGUUUGGAUCUUUGUGGUGGUGAUCGUGGCCGGGGCUUGUUACAGCCUAUAUCAAGCUCGCAAGCCUCUGGUUUUGGAGCAAGACGAUGAAGAAGAGCUCUUGGAGGAUUCAAACCCAUUUGCCGCCGCUUAACAUGGACAUUCAAGGAUGAACUCCUCCUACCCUGGCGGUAAACUAUCCUGAUUCCUUGCUUUAACAUGAAUUCUUAAUGGGAAUAUAUCAAUGCUUAGAUUUGUCAGAGAUCAAUAAUGCAAAAUACUUGAUAUGAAUUAAACACGUGUAACUUUGAAA